CAGAAACUAUAAUUAAAAAGCUUCCGAGUUGUCUGGCGCAUCUAAACAAUCAACUUAAAAUAGAAAUGCCAAUAUAUUGAUGCGUCUCCAGUUAGAGUUUAGAUGUUCUCAAAUUCUUAAAAGGACCUCCAGUCAUCCCCUAUAUAAAUAUUUCACCACAUGAGAGAGGUGAUGCAGUAAACCCUCAAAUGGAUCCUACACACAAUCCUGAUGCAUGGGUAUGGAUCACUAAUCUCCCUCCAGUUACUCAAUGGGAAAGAGAGUCCAUAUCUCUUUGCAUCUGGACCUCACAAUCAGCACAAGGAUCCUUAAAUCUAUCAACAGUUAAAAUCUUUCAAAACCCAAAUCAUUAUGGAACCUUCUCCAUAACCAUAGAUGCCAACAUAUCCAUCACUCUUUGGACAUCUAAGUCUCUUCCUAUUGAAAACAAAGGUCAUCAAGCUUUCAGCGAAAAAACCAUUCUUCACCUAUUCUUUGAUAUAGUCGCCGGAGUCCUCAGGUACGGGCCCAAUAAAAGGUCAUCCUAUAGGAUGCCCCCAGUUCCAAUUGAUGAAGAAUUCCCAUCAAUUUUCAAUUUGGCAUUCCUCACUCUAACGCUCCUAGUUUGCAUCUAUGAAGCUCCUCAAGACCUACUUUGUGAAUGUGUAGACACAUUAAGGCUUCAUUUGAUCACCUCAAGUGCGAGGCAAGCAACAAAGUUACUUGUACGAAUCUUCGGGUCCAACCUCGAAGAGCAAUGGAUGAGGUCGGUGAAUCUUGCCAUCACUAAUUUGAUGGUAGAGCGUGAGGCUUCAAAUCACUCAUUUAGAUCACCCUCUCCUUUAUUUUCAUAUGCCUUUUCAGCAAUCAAACUGUGGAAAGCACAGGUUUAUUGUCCAAUUAUAGCCAUCAAUGUUGAAGAUCCAAGUGCUACAACUCAUGAUGAGCGCUUGCUCUUCUCUCUGAACUACCAACAGCUUGAAGCCAGUGUCCAGUUUUCUUAUAAAGUCAUCUUCCAAGAAAAUUGGAUUGAUAUAGUGGUGAAGGUGGACAACAUAAGGUGCAAUGUUAGCUCUCUAGUGUCUGAUGCCCUAAUGUCUACACGAGGAUAUGGGACUAAGGAAAAAUUCUUCCCAUCUCGAAUAUCUUUGCAACUCACUCCAACAAUUCAAACAGAUGUAUUGUCAGUUUCAGUAGGCAAAUCUUCUGAUAAUCCUACUCAAGAAAUAGGCCUUGAGAAAGGCAUUGAAAGCUCGUUUGAUCCCCGGAAUCUAAAAGUAUCAGCCUCAGAAUCCGUGACUAUGUCCAUGAAACUAUGGAAAUUUGAACAGUCUGUUUAUGGAAACAGCGUUAUCUUCAAUUGGUUUCUUCAUGAUGGUGUGAAUGGAAGGGAGGUAUUUUCUUCCAAGCCUUCAAAAUGUGCAAUCUUUCAACGAAGGUCAUGGUUUAGAAAUAGGUAUUCAAGUGUUUAUAGGCCUUUCACAAAACAAGGUGGUGUCGUUUUUGCAGAAGAUGAAUAUGGGAAAAGUGUUUGGUGGAAGGUGAAUGGAGAAGCUGCAGAGAAAAUUAUGGAGUGGGAAAUCAGGGGACGGAUAUGGUUAACUUACUGGCCUAAUAAACAUAUAACUUUUCAUAAUGAAACUAGAAUGUUAGAGUUCAGGCAAUUGGUUCAUAUUCCUCUUGCAAAAGUUGCAUAAAAAUCAAUAUCGUGGCACCAUUAGCAUGAAAGCUAAAGCUGCAACACAAUAAAAACAUAUAUAG